AUGUUUCUGCGCUGGCCGCCAGGAGUCCGCUGCUUUGCCGCGGCCAGGGUACAUGGCAAGGCUGAGAUUUGGAGGCCAACCAUGGUGGACGGCAUGCCAGCCGUGGCGCAGGCGGACACCCGAGUCAUGUCCCUGGGCCACCUGCUGAAUCAUGGCAAGGAGGCGUCAAGGUGGCGGAUACAGCACGUGCCCUUCUGGGAAGCGUUUUACAGGCGCUUGCGAGAGCUGAGUUGCCAGGUUGGGCUGGCUGAUGCGGUGAAGCUGCUCAGCAUCUUCACCAAGAUCAGGCUUGUAGAUCCCGAGCUUGUGGAGCUUGCGGUGAACACGGUGCACGGAGACACUGAGGAGAUCUUAGACCUGCAGCAGAAGGACCUUGAGCAGGCUGCGGAGGCGCUGGCAGUCAUGCACCGUCCAGAGGCAAUGGCGGUCCUGCUUGGGGUCUUGGCAACGAGGGCCCACAGGCUGGAGGUGGCACGAGCAAAGUCGUUGCUGGCGGCGGCGGCCAAGGUGAAGUGCCAUGCCAGUCACGACCUGGCCGACGCGCUCUGCCGCGGCCUGGUGGAGCGAAAGGAGGUGCUGGUAUCAUUCAAAGCUUAUCAAAGGCUUGCCAAGGUGCUGGCCAAGGUUAGCAAAGAUCUUGACCUCUUGGGUACACCAGUGUCUUUUGGUUAUGACUUUGACUUUGUUGCUGGUGUCAAGUGGCGAGAGUAG